AUGCUGUCAUCGUUAAGUACGUUGUCAAAUAGACAGAAAACUCAGAUUCGGAAUGCUUUCAAAUUAAUAGAUGGUGAAUCAAGAGAUGCCCUAAUAACGAAAACAGACUUAGUAAAACUAUAUAAAACUCUUGGGAUUAAUGUACCAAGUAAUGCAACUUUAAAAUCAAUGUUGGAAUUUGAUGGUAAUAAUGAAGAAGGAAUUAAUUUCACACAAUUUCUGAAAAUUAUAGCUGAUGAAUUGGCCAAAUUAGAUGAUAAAAAUACAAUAUAUAAUGCCUUAAGGUCAUUUACAAACGAUAAAGAUAACAAUGAAUCAUUGGAAAUCGAAGUAGAUAAGUUAAAAUCAGCUUGUUGCUCGGUACAGUUAGGAGAAUUAGGGUCGGGUGAUCAUAAAUUAUCACCGCACGAUUUUGAAUCUAUUAUAAAGGGAUAUGUUAAGGAGACAAUCGAUGGAAAGAAAUUGUUUUUGGCUCAGAAUUGGUUAGAUAACUACAUUGAAUAA